AUGUUAUCCUAUCUAGUUACUUUUGCUUUUAGUGAAACAGAAAUCACACAUACUAAAUACCUUUAUGCCUAUUGGAAGGACACCACUUAUUCCGCCUUUGAUAUCAAAUACAAUGAGAGAGCAGAUACAGGCGGUACCUCUUGGGUCAUGACAACCUAUAGCUUUGGUGGAUGGAAGCCCGUAUUUACUGUUGAUAAUGAUCCCACCCUAAUUAAAAUGCCCGGAACUAGACAUGGUAAAGCAAACUAUAGGAAUAUUUAUUCUGAUAUCAAAGUUGAAAAGGUUCCACUCGGUGAUAAGUAUCUUCUUGUUUCCUUCCUUCUUACCAACAAAGAUACAGUUCCUCACACAAUCAACGUUUCAUCUUAUGCAGAUAUUAUGAUUAAAAAUAACGACCACGCAAAAUGCACAUGGUAUGGCAAUCGUCGUGGCUUAACAAUGUACGACAAAUACACCAACAUUACCUUAACGUUGCUUGCCAAGGGUGGUUACAAAGUUUCUGAUUAUGAUCAAUUCUGGUAUGGAAUGUAUGGUAUUGGCUAUCACUACUUUUAUCAAUUGGAAAGUGACGAGCCACUUGUCAAUACUGACUCCGUAUUCUCUAUCAGCUGGACCCGCCGUGAUAUUUAUCCAAAUGAAACACUUGUUUUCUCAACAUUAAUGGGUGUUGGCGCUGAUCUUAGAAAUCCAUCAUUAAUAAAUAUCGAAACUAAUUUCCAAGAAAACUAUGAUCCAAAUACUGAAAUUACUGUUAACGGUGUUGUUAAUGAUGUUGAUGCUAACGAAACAGUUGAUGUCUACUACGAGUUCAACAAUGGCCCAAGACAAUUCCUUAAAAGAUUUGAAACUGAUAAGGUUAAUGGUGGCAUUUCUAAUGGUCAGUUCAGCUUCAAAGUUCAACUCGGUUCUGAAGUCGCUAGAUAUCCAUUAAAGGUUUACGCCAUUGACUCAUUCGAAUUGACAUCUAACGUUUUCGAGAAGAACCUUCUUGUCAACCAAGCACCAAGAGUUUCAUUCACAACAAGACCAAAUGAUGAGUACUUCACAGGUGGUAUCGUCGUCGUUGAAGGCCGUAUCUGGGAUGAUACAAAGGCCACCCUCAAGUACAAGGUCGAUGAUGGUUACAACUGGAACACUGAUGUAACACUUAUCGAGUGCAACAGACAAGAAAAGACAUUCCGUAAGUCCUUCCCAAUCCAAGAAAGCUAUAUCAACUUCGGUGACCACGUCAUCUACAUUUGGGCUGAAGAUGAAUUCGGUGUCAAGUCCACAAUCAUCAGCUCACCAUUCAAGUACACGCAGUUGCAUACACCAGAAAUCCAGUUCACAACACCUCAAACAUCCAUAGAAAACAAGUAUAGAGGUGAUACAAUCACAAUUUCUGGUAAAGUCCGUGAUGUCGAUGCAAACCAAGUAGUUACCAUCUACUACAAGAAGCCAGAAAACGAUCCAACAACACCAGCUGAAAACUACUACUCAUUCAACACAAACGAUGCCAAUCGUGACUGGGUUGAUUUCGAACUCGAAUACGUAAUUCCAGAUCAUUUGCCAUUUGGUGAGCAUAGCUUAAUCAUCUUCGCUAUUGAUAGCAGAAACGCUAACUCUGCUGACUUGCAUUACAGGUUCAAUGUCAUCAGACACACAACUACAAACCCAACACCAAUUGAUCCAACACCAACACCAGGCGAUGAGUACGAAGAUAUCGUUGAUUCCAGCUACAGCGGUCCCUCUGCUGAUUCAGAAAUCCCAACAAUCACAUGCACAAGUGUCGCUGAUAUCAACGAUGAUCUUUACGAAUCUUGCACCAUCACAACAACAACAAUUAUCAUCAAGACAUCUGAAAUCCCAACACCAAAGCCAACACCAGAUCAAACAGCAGGCCCAGCCCCAGUUCCAUCAGCUUCUGAAGAGGCUCCAUGGGGCGGAGAUGGCGAUGCUGCUAAGGAAGGAAGCUCUCAAAAGUCUAAGACCGAUAAGAAGAAGAUGCUCAUCAUCGGUUGCGCUGCUGGUGGUGUUGCAGCAGUCGCUUGCGCUGCAGCAGCAGUUCUCAUCCAUGAGGCUAUUAAGAAACCAAAGGACUUCGUUUUCGACGAAGAGAACGGAGAGUUCGUUGAAGCCGAUGGAAACGGUGCUGCUAAUGAGGGCGAUAACCCAAUUUAUGAUGAAAACGGUGCGGAUGAUCCAUUUGCUGAUGAAUUUGAUGAGGAAGACGGUCAUGUUGAGGGUAUCUUCCCAGCAUAA